AUGUUCGCCCGCAAGGAAGCCGGAUUGAACGUAGUCGGCAAGUGGGGAUGGAGACGCGUCAACGCUGCGUUAUCCGCAGUCACUCAUGAUGACUUCAAUUAUCAUAAUCUCGUUAGCUCCCACGAAACCGCUCACGUCGGCAGAAUAUAUCAAUUGAGAGACGAUGGCGCUGCGCAUGAUCAUCGACACGCCGACGCCGCCAAGGUGCUCGAAAACGCCAGUAGUGGGGAUAUUAUCAUGCCGCCGACUGGGCGCGUCACAUGA